AUGUCACCUCUCCGCCCAGUCUUCACCAACCUGAAUGGCGACAGCUCGUGGCUGAUCUCACUGCCCCAGCCUGCGGGCGGGUACUUCCACCUCCUGCUCGAUCCGUGGCUCGGCGGACCGGCCAUCAUCACCUCAUCCUGGCUGAGCCAUAUCACGCACAUCGAACAGGAGAAUGGAGCGGAGAGCCGCAUUGACGCCGUGAUUGUCUCCCAUCCCUUCAGUGACCACACCCACAAAGACACACUGAUCCAGCUUGCAUCCACUGUUACAGUGUAUGCUACCCGCGAGACCGCCGCGGUCGUCCGGUCGUGGAACUAUUUCGAUACGGUACCACAUCCCGCUCUCUAUUACGGGAUGGUGAUCGCUUAUACCACUCCGGAAAAAACGACGGAGGCCGUCAUCUACUCACCCCACGGCAUCGAACCGCCAUUCGUGCAACCGCUGGUCGAGGAAGCAUCGUUCACAACGCUCGCGCUGCUGCACGGGAUCGACGACCAGAGCACGCUCGGCGUGCCGCAGCUGGGUGUGGAGAACGGGCUGCGGCUCGAGGCGCUGACGGGCGCGCGGUACUGGCUGCGGACCCACAGCCCCCUCCUCGAUUUCCGGGGUUUGAUCGGGUGGUUUUAUCGGAUUUUUCCGCGGACGCUGGACGACGGCCUGGAGCAGGAGGAGCGAGAGACGGGGUACAAGCGGGCGAGGCCAAAUUAUGUGGAGAUAGCGAAUGGGGAGAGUGUGGUUUCGAAGUAA